AACGCUCCUGCCGCUGGCUUUUCCACUUCCAUCGCGCAGUCUUCUGGCCGGACCGGACGCGGUCUUGCCCUCAACCUCAACGAAACGCGCUCUUUUCUCCCCGCCGAAAAUUUCCUCGCACGAAAAUCUCCAUAAAUCAAAAUCAUCCAAAUCGAUCCAUCCCUCGCCCGUCUCGUGCUUUCUCAAGAUCGUUCGCUGGCAGAGAAGAAGUAGAGCCGCGCGGUGUACAAGGUGUGACAAGUAUAAGUAUAUACAGUUGGAGUGCGCCUCGAUGUGAAGACCGUGUUUUCAUGAGGGAUUAACGAAAAAUUAUCAACGGAGCCGAGAGACAGUAGCGCCAACAUGCGGGAGAAAAGGUGGCUUCUGCUCGCUCUGUACGGAAUCCUGCUGGCAAACGCGAUCUCGGCCGAACGUAAGGCAACCAGGCCGAAAUUCAAGAUCGCCACCACGUCGACGACCACGACAACGACCACCACAGAGGAGAGCCAGAGGAGCGAGAACGAGGAUGUUGAGGCGACCACCACCGCAACCGUGGCGGCUGGCGGGGAGGCGAACGCGACCAGCGGCCACGUCCUCACAGGUAUCCCGCAGAUCGACUACAUCUGGGACCCGAAUUUGCCCCGCGAGUUGAACGGCUACAACCUGAGCGAUUACCCGUUCUACAACAGCAUACCCGAGGACAUCGACUUCAAAUGCGACGGCCUCCACGAUGGAUUUUACGCGAGCGUGCCGCACAAAUGCCAGGUGUACCACCACUGCCUGUUCGGCACCCGAUACGACUUCCUGUGCGCCAAUUUCACCGCCUUCGACCAAAAGACGUUCAUCUGCCACUUCGUGUCCGAGGUGGAUUGCGCGAAUUCGAGGAAGUACUGGCACAGGAACGACGCCCUGUACAAAGCGACCACGACCUCCACCACGUCCACGACCUCGACGACCACCACCACUACGACCAGCACCACGACCGCGUUGCCACCGGUGACGGCAGCGGCCGGCGGCCGCCAAUCGCCGAGGGACCUUCCCAGGAGGAGGAGGCCGUUCAGGAGGCGGCCGCCCGUGUACGAUUACUACGACGAGGAGUACUACGACGACGAUUACACCCGGCCAAGGGGUGGUUACGGGAGGGACGAGUACGAUUACGACGAUCGGAAGUACAGGAACAGGGAUCGCGAGUUCGUGAGGGAGCGCGAGUUUCGGGACAGGGACUCGCCCAGGUCGAGGGAGGGUGGCGCGCCCAGGGACGAGAGGGACCGAUACCCGGCCAGGAACAACAGGAGAGAGCCAGCCAGGGGGAGGGAUCCGCCUUUCCAGGAGGAGGAUUCGAGGGUAAGGUCGAGGGAUCCAGAGCAGGGGUCGAGAUCGUCAGUGUCCAGGGAGGUGGAGGACCCGGAGUUGGACGAGAGACGGAUCGAGUCGAGGCUCAGGGACGCCGAUGAUCGUCGAUAUCCCGUCGAUAAAAGAUAUAGAGACGAUUACGAGGACAAGGAUCCCGUCUCGGCGGGUGGAGGGAGCUCGGACGGGUUGUUGGUGAAACCCGCCGCACCCGCAACCUCGCUCUACGCGAGACCAAGAACGCCGCCCAAGAUUCGUAGGCCGGUCCCGCUCUCCGAGCAGGAUAAAUACGCUUACAAAACUACGGCCGUGCAAUCGACCGAGGAGCCUCGAAGAAGGCCGGUGGACAUCGCGGAGGAUGACUAUUACGAGGACGAGUUGGAGGAUGUGAGGCCUAUUCGAAGGCCGUUGAGAAGAAGGCCGUCGUCGUACAGAGACAGGGAUAGGGACAGGGAUUUCUACGAUGAGAGAGACAGAGGCCGACCCUUCAGAUCGCGAUAUCGGGACGACGAGGACGAGUUGCGGCCGAGGAAACACCCGGAUCGGUCGAGGGAUCGGUACUACGAUCGGGAUCGAGAUCGAGGCGUGGUGGAGCGCGGCAGGGAUCGGUCGCUCCUCGACCGUGGGAAGGAUCGAGGGAGGGGGCAGGAGGGCGAGAAGCAGGAAAGGGUCGGCCAUCGACCGCCCAUCGACAAGGAAGAUCGCUCGAGAUCGAAGGAGUCGAGAUCGAAGGACACGCAGGAAGGGAUCGGCGAGAGUUCACCGUCCAGAGUUCGAGAUCGCAACUACGAUCGAACAACCGCUUCCUCCACCGCCCCUUCCACGACCAGCACCACGACCACCACCACCUCCUCCACCACCACAACCACCACUUGCUCGCCCGAGCAACCACCGCCUCGUAGGACGGAAUCCGUCUCGAGCGCGAUUGUCGAGAAAUCGGCGCAGGGCGAGACGCUGCGAGGAUCGGUCGACGCUCGAGCCGGCCAGCAAUCGGAUUACCUCGACGCGAAACGAGGCGACAGGUAUCAGGUGUCGAUGGAGGAGUACUCGCAGGAGGAAUAUUACGACGAGGCCGAGGAUCCUCCCUCGCCACCGCCGCGCGCCACUAUUCGCGUAGUCAAACGACCCUUCCUCCCGUCCAGGGGUGGUAAUCCCAAUCCCCGGGGAUUAUCUCCAGUCGGCGCGAAAGCGGCCGCGCCUAAACGGCUGAUGGAGGAGCAAGAGGAGGAGGAGGAGGAGGAGAAGAGCAGCGAGAGGACAGCGCAGGAAAGAGGAAGAAAUUACCACGUGCACCAUCAGACUGCGGAGGAGAGCCCCCGUGAAUUGGAAUCCAGAGAGAAGGAGAACGUCGGGUACAAGAAGGUGGAGACGGAGAUCCGGGACGAGCACGGAUCUCAGUACGACUUGGUGGCGAGAGGUGGUCAGAUGCGGAGGCCGGGGACGCAGGAGAAGACGCAUCGAGGGGAGGAUGGCUUGAGAUCCGCGGACGACGGACUCGCGAGAGGGCCGAAGGGGCAGCAGGAGGGCGGCGUUGGCGCGUUCGAGGAGGGGUUGGGCGGAGGAUGGGCCGCGGAGGAGUUCUCGAGUCCAGCGCAAAGCAGCGUGCAGUCGUACCGCGGCAAGGGGGGCCGCGUCGCGAGUCCGGGGAGCGAGAAUCCUGUGUACGGUUUCAAGAACCAGGAGGAGAUCCAGGAGAAUCCGACCGGGCCCCAAAGUUUCAGCAAGGUGAAGCAAAGGUUGAACGAGGUGACCCAUCGGUUGCAGGACAUCCCUGAGAGCGAGUACGACGUCACCCUGAACGACGCGUUGACGCCCACGUUGAACCAGGAGACCAGCCUGCCCAGCGGCUUCGUCCUUCCUCUCCACAGGCAGUUAGGCAGGGACGCGAUCCUCCAAUCGUCCGAAAGUAACUACAAAGUUUCCAGGCCCGUGAUUUCCGACCACCAACACCAGAAAUCCUUCGUCCCCAAUCCUCAAUACUUAUCGGCGGUCGACGCGGGCGGCAACGACAGGUUAAGAGCCGUGUAUUACAGGACACCCGAGACGAUUCAAAUAGGGGGGACGCAGUACAGGCCGCAGAGGGGAGGAUUGUCAUGGCAGGAUUACACCGGCUACUGAAAAGGGAGAAAAACACCGAUUUCCAACGAAGAGGGAAUGGAAUAGGGGGGGAGGGGGGGAAGGGAGAGAUUAGGAGAGAUCGAUCUUCUAUUUUGGCGAACAAUUUCGUGAACGCGGGCGAAAUUCGCUUGGAAUACGAUUCGAUUCGAUUCGAUUCGAUCGAUCGAUCGAAGGAGAGUCGAGUUUUAGAAAACAAAAAAAAAAAGAGAGAAAAAUUGACUUCCCUUUCCGAGGGGAAGGGACGCAAAGGAGCACAAUUUUAUUUAGACCCUUUAGGUCAAACUUUUCGAUGUCUUUCACGCGAAGGGACAGGUUAGGAAAGCGGUUAGUUUAGAUUUGAGAAACUUGAAAGUAGAAAACGAAUAUGAGAAACUACUUUUGAGUAGUUGUACGUGAAACAAGAUCGAGCAACAGCUUGUCUAAGAAAAGUAAUCAAUCUCCGAGACAGGUGAAUCUCUUAGAAUUAGAAACGAUUUCAAAUUCGAGACCUUCCCUUUUUCGAGACUUUUUCGAUAAUUGUAUUUACAUCAUCACCAUCAAUUCCAAUCGAAUACAACUACUGAACGAAACGAAACUUCGAUCCGAAAAAUUGUAAAAAUUCGUCGUAAAUGUAAUUUGUUUCUACUUUCGGCUAAAAAAAACCUAUUGUAAAUAUGCGCACGAUUAUGCGUCUAAUUUUAUCGCUCUUUCUUUCUGUUUAAAUUAUUACUCUUAAGCGCGUGUGUAAACAAUUUCCUUUAUUAAAAGCACAUUCGUCGUCUCGAUUUCUUUUUUUUUUUUUUUUUUUUUCCCCGAUAUUUUUUAGUAGCGAAUAAGUUUUCUCGAGUAUGCAUUUUACCUUUGAUAUAUUGUAAAUUAUACCAGCCUUGACGAAUAUUAAAGAAUGGAAAAAAAUA